UCGGAACAUGCCGGACUCCCAAUCUCAGUCCCAAUCGCAGUCCAGUGUCUGCAAUCUGGGGAAAUCCUGCCCUGGUCUAGACGUGGUGGAGCAGGUCCACGGCAGCUUCGGACGCUGGCAGCUUCGCACCAUUCUGUUGAUAUUCCUAUGCAAAAUUCCUAGCGCCUGGUUCACGGCCAUCAUUGUCUACACAGCUCCGAUACCCUGGAAGGGUGAGCUGGUAUGCCACCCAUCGGAGUGGAAUGCCAACCGGACCCGGACUGAGCAUUUGAGCAGGAAUCAUCCGUUGUGGCAGGAUGCACGCAGCACCGACCGUCUGUUCAAUGUGGAUGUCUGCAAUGCCUAUUCCCAGACCCUGGCCAGAGGAUUCGUGAGGAGUCAUGGGAGGGAAUGGAAUGCCUCGGAAUCGCUGGAGCCUCAUGCUCGAUCUUCGCUGCCCUGCGAGCACGUGGAGCACAUGACCGAUUACAGGUCAUUGAUUACUCAAUUCGAUUUGAUCUGCUCUCGCCGCGUUCUAGUGGCGGUGACGCAAUCCUCGCAUGCCUUCGGUGCACUUAUUGGUGGACUAAUGGCCUUCUCGGCCCUCAAGAGAAUCAGUCCCCGUCGCCUGAUGUUGCUGGGAAUGAUUGGCCAGAUAUUCUGUGGUAAUCUAACUGGCCUGGUGGACACCUAUCAAUUGCACAUCUACUUCCGCUGUCUAACUUCCAUAUUCUGUGCUCUCAUGUACACUUCCGGACAGUUUAUAUUAAACGACAUCACCUCAGGAAAGGCUCGCAUCAUUGUGGUCACUCUGUCGGAGCUGUUCUGGUCCAUAGGUCUCGUCCUGCUGCCUGCCAUAUCCAUAUAUUUCGAUGACUGGAGCUACCUAUACGUGGCCAUCUCCUCGUCCCUCAUUGUACUAGUCUGGCUGCAUCGCUGGAUAGCGGAUGCUCCUCGCUGGCUGCUGCAGCACCAGCGUGUGGAGGAUGCUCUGAGCCAACUGCUGGAGUCAGCCACCUACAACAACCGGAAGGUUCCGCUCACCCUGGACGUUCAACUCACAGGACUCGCCAAGGAGCUAGAGCUAAAGGCCGAGCAAAAGAGAAGCUACUGCCAAAUUUGGGAUGGAGAGACGAAGCGUAGCCAAGUGAUAUACAUUCACUGGAUCUGGGGCGGAGCCAUGGUCAUCUACAACAUCACCCUGCUGAUGAUCCGCAACCUGGGGACCCAACAGGUGCACGUAAACACCGCCGCCCUGGCAUUCGCCGAGAUGGUGGGACUCUUUGUGGGACUCUAUAUGAUCCUGUAUACGCGUCGUCAUUGGCGCUGGGCUGGAAAUCUCAUGAUUAUAGCCGGUCUCAGCACAUAUCUUGUCUGGUUGCUACCAGAAACUGAACGCAACUCCCGACGAGUAGGACUGGAACUGCUUUUCUGGCUCAUUUUAAAGGUGUCCAACUCUGCCUCUAUAGCCGUGCUGACCACGUGCACAGGUGAAAUGGUGUCCAACGAGAAGCGAGUCUAUCUACUCCUAUCUGUGGUCUCAUUCAGUCGUCUGUGCCUGGUCUUCUCCCCGCUGCUCAGCUGCCUCACUGUCGUCCAUCACCUGGUGCCCAUCACCAUUUUGGCCACCUUAGCUUGGAUUUAUGGCUUGGCUCUGCGUCGCCUCAAUCGCUACUAUUGGAAUUCGGAGCAGCCACACAUCAGCCAGGUGCCAACUCCAAACACCUAUCGUCGCCAGUCGGCCAUCAUUAUGCGCCGCUGCAGUUCUGCCAGUUCGGAGUGUAGUGCCUAUAGCAAUGAACUAUUGAGUAACUUUGAACGAAAUAUGGCUGUGAGCAUAGCCGAUAUUUGGCACAUUAACUUUCACCCUUCAAGUGAGAUUGAAUUGGAAAUGGAACAGCAACAACCGGAAGCUUUAAGAUCGCACAGCUCGGAGACCAUUUGAGGAGCUUCUUGAAGAAAGCCUAAAAGUAGGCU